UCCCUUUCCACUCACUAUGAGCGGAAGAAAACAGAUGAACAAUUCGCCAAAAAUUUCCACCACGACAAAACCCCACAAAGCUAAUCCACCGUCUUCAACCUUCAAUUUUCCGGCUAACUAAUGGCCGUAGCCUGGCUUCUCCGGCCAUUUCUGCUCGGUUUAUCAAUCAUUUUAGCUUUAUCUCGUUUCUCGAAUUCAGUCACUGAAACAGAAGCCUUGUUGAGGUUCAAGACAUCGUUGGCCAACCCGAGUUCUCUUGCUUCUUGGGGUCCUAAUAGCACGGCGCCCUGCGAUGGGAAUCGUCCGUGGAAUGGGCUUAUUUGUUACAAUGGCUUUGUUCUAGGUCUGCAACUCGAGAGAAUGGGACUAUCAGGGAAAAUUGACGUCAGCGCCUUGGCCGAUAUCCCAGGUUUGCGGAGCGUUAGUGUCAUGAACAAUUCGUUUUCGGGUUCCAUUCCGGAAUUCAAUCGGUUGGGUGCUUUGAGGGCGAUUUACUUGUCGGGGAAUCAAUUUUCAGGUGAGAUUCCAUCGGAUUACUUCUCCACGAUGGAUUCGAUGAAGAAAGUUUUCCUUUCUGAUAACAUGUUUUCAGGUCCAAUUCCAUCGUCCUUGUCUAGAUUACCUAAUCUUCUUGAGCUACGUCUUGAAAAUAACCAAUUCAGCGGGCCUAUUCCACCUUUUCAACAAUUAACUUUGAAUGCUAUCAAUUUAUCAAACAACAAUCUGAAAGGGGAAAUUCCUCCAGCUUUAGCCCGAUUUGAGGUCCGUUUCUUUGAAGGGAAUCCGGGUCUUUGUGGAGAAAAGCUGGGUAAGGAUUGUAGAACAAUGGAUGCAGUUCAGGAGCCAGCUCCUGCUCCAGCUCCGGCUCCAGUUGGAAAAGGUGGUGAGGGCAAGAUAAAGUAUAUUGUUGCAUUUGUAACAUUAGGAAUUCUACUACUUUUGGCAGUAAUUUUUUUCAUAAUUAAUUGGAGGAGAAACAAGGAGGUGGAAUCUGAUACAAUUGAAGAUCAAAACGAUGUUGAGCCAGAGGCAGUUGAGGUGCAGGUUUCGCUGCCAAACAGAAGAGAACCAGAGCUAAGCAGAAAGCAUGGGAGCUCGGGAAGUAAAGGGUCUAACCGUGGUGGAAUUGGCGAGCUUGUGGUGGUGAAUAAUGAAAAGGGUGCGUUUGGAUUGCCUGAUUUGAUGAAGGCAGCUGCUGAACUGCUUGGAAAUGGGGGUCUUGGGUGUUCUUACAAGGCUGUAAUGGCUAAUGGAGUUGCAGUCGUGGUAAAGAGGAUGAGGGAGAUGAAUGCAUUGAGUAGAGAUGGAUUUGAUGCAGAGAUAAAGACGCUUGGCCAGCUAAGACACAUAAAUAUCUUACCGAUUCUCGGUUAUCAUUAUCGAAAAGAUGAGAAGCUGUUGAUUUAUGAGUACAUCCCCAGUGGCAGCUUACUUAGUGUAUUACAUGGUGAUCGAGGAAGCUCACCGGCUAAACUCGAUUGGCCUACCAGGCUAAAGAUUAUUAAGGGAAUAGCAAGAGGGUUGGGAUAUCUUCAUAAAGAACUUGCUAGUUCCCAUGAGUUACCCCAUGGAAAUCUUAAAUCAAGCAAUGUUCUUCUCAAUCCUGACAAUGAGCCUUUGCUGUCAGAAUAUGGAUUUAGGCCUUUGAUCCAUACUAACAAUGUUGCUGAAGUACUAUUUGCUUGUAAAGCUCCAGAAGCUGUUCAAUACGGCCAGUUAUCCCCUAAGUGUGAUGUCUACUGUCUAGGAGUCAUCGUUCUCGAGAUCCUCACUGGAAAAUUCCCUUGUCAAUAUCUAACUAACACUAUAGGUGAUGGAAGUGACGUAGUUGAAUGGGUGGCAUCAGCAGCUGCUGAGGGGAGAGCAUCUGAAUUGCUUGAUCCUGACAUUGCAAGCUCCUCUACAAAUUCAGUUAACGAAAUGGAUAAGCUGCUUUACAUUGGCACUGCUUGCACUGAAGGCAAUCCUGGGCAGCGAAUAGAAAUCUGGGAUGCAAUUAGGAUGAUAGAAGAUAUACAACUGGAGGGUGACCCAGAAGCUAGAACAAUGCAAAUGUUACCAUCACUUAGGGAAGGAUAUGCGGAUGCUCAGAGUACUAGUAGUUCUUAUCAUUCACAUCAAGUGAAUUCUGAGUGGACGCGCAGAUCAGCAAGCUUCGAAGCCUCUUCUUCAUCAUCAGGGAGAGCAGAUGAUAACUUUGCUUUUGCCAUUUCUUAACCUGCAGCCAUGAAAGCAGUUAAAUAUGAGAUGUUGUAAGGACUAGCUUAUUUUUUCCUUCUCUUUUUCUUUGGUUAGU